UUGUGUAGCCUGAUUCAUCCGCUGCCGAAUACGAGUCUACGCCUGCUUCUUGUCGCCCUUCUCGCGCACCGCCUUGAGCAGGAAGGGCAGGACUGUCAUGCUGCUGUCAGCUAGCGCAAUCAGCCUAGUAGCUUACUUCCAGGUGCCGACGCACUGCGCGGCUGUGCGACCGGGUACCUUGCCCUCAAAGUUGGUCCUGGAAGCGCCCCCGCUGAGAGCGAUGUUGAGGAGGCUGACGAGCUCUUCGCCAGUCCACGGCCGAGGCUUCGCCUUUCCGUUCUUGGUCUUCUUAGGUUUGUGGUCAUCCUCGCUCUCUGAUGGCGAGCGCUCGCGCUUGACGCUCUGGCGCUUGGACUGGGUGGCCGCUGAGCCGGGCAUGGGGGAUGGCUUUCGGAACCUGGUGAGGAGGGGAAGGAAACCGAUCAGGUGGGAUGGUGGAUGAUGUCAACGUGACAACGCAAGAUCAGACAACUGAAAGUUCACGGACGGGCGCAUGGGCAAAGGAGUCAUGUGAGUGAGCACCCCGUGCGUGGUGAAGCUUCCUGGCAGCCAGUGGACAAUCUGCGGCGCAUGCCACAGGGCGGAUCAGCUCUGCAUGCUGCAGCUGUAGUCUA